AUGUCAAGUCAAUUUGCUUCCCUAGCUAGAGACUUCCCCGGGGUUAGCAAUUGGGCCAAGGAGGUCAGAAUAAGCUUCAGACGUGCAGCAUGGGCUUGCAGCCGCCAUCUAUAUCAGUUGCCGUAUCGGGACAGCUCGCCGUGUCCGAAACUCGACCCUCCCACUUCUCGCCACACACAGUCGGCUUAUCGCGGCAUAAUUAGCCCUCGGUCGGACGAGAAGACCGACGGCAGGGGAGUCAAGGGCGGCUUCAAGGUUAGAGAGAUGGGAAUUGGGAGAUUGAAGAUGCAAGACAAUGGGGGGUCUCGAAUGAAUCGCGGCCAACACGCACUGCCAACCCGUGCAUAA